UCAACUACCCUUCACACGAAGAUUGAAUUUCCUUUUUAUCGUUUUUCCUCUCUUUGUUUUUUCCUUCAUCUCUCUCAUUCUUUCUUUCUAGUCCACCAUAUCCUUUCACUCUUUCUUCUACACAAUUACCUCACAAAUAUAUAUAUUCUUCGCACAAAAUUAAUGGAGGAGUCAGGAGAAAAUUGGCCUUGUGAUUCUGAUUUGGAAAUUUGUGAUGAUGUUAUUUUCGAAGAUGGAGAUUCUGAAUCAUAUGAUGAUGAGUUUGAAGAUUCCACCGACAGAAAUGGAAGAUAUGAGAGGGAACUCAGAGAGAAAAUGUUGACACUUUCAGCCACCAUACCUGGCUUGAAGAAGAUGGACGACAAUUCGAUCCUAGACAAAGCUAGACAGUAUGUGAAACAACUUCAAGAACGUGUGAAAGAGUUGGAAGAAGUUAGAUCCAACAAUGUUGAUAGCGAUAAUUGUGGAACAAGUAUUGAUAUUCUCCCAGAUGUGAAAGCAAGAGUGUUACAAAAGCAAGUGCUUAUCACAAUCCACUGUGAGAAACAAAAGAGUGCAAUGCUCAAAAUACUUACUCAUCUUCAAAAUCUUCAUCUUCUAGUAAUUUACAACAGUGUCUUGCAAUUUGGAAUAUCCAAUUUUGAUAUUACCAUCGUUGCUCAGAUGGAUGAUGGAUACAACAUUACAGUGGAUGAACUAGUGAAAACACUUAGAAGAGUGAUCUUGACACAAUAGCAUGAGAUUGUUACGUAUGAAACAAGUGUAAUACUAGUUGUAAUUGGUUUUGUUUAUAAUUGCGGAUGUAGUUGUGCUAUCUUAUUUACUAUAUCUGUAGAUCAGUUUUUAAUUUUUCUACAAAGCAAUUUAAUUGCAAGUACAU